AUGUCAGGAUCAACAAAAAGCGUAAUUUGCGUUGCGGUUUGUGAUCGUUGGAUCGGGUUCGGUAUCGCUAGGGCCUUGCUUUCGUCUCAGAAGCGAGAUGGCGAAUAUGUAAUCCGCGCGAUUGGACGUGACAUGAGAUGCAUGAAAGAACUUGAGAAAUUUGGAGCUGAAGUUAUUCAGAUCGAUUACGAUAAUUGCGAGACCCUUGAACGUGCAUGCCAGGGUUGUACUUGGAUGAUCAUGAUUUCAGAGGUCGAAGAGGACCGCGUCAAUAUGGCCAAAACCUUUGUCAAUAUUUGUAGGAAGGUUGAUGUUCCUAACCUGUGUUUUCUCUCCAUGCUUGGCGCGGAAGAUGCAAGUGAAAAGAGUCUUUGCGAUUUCAGGGAAAUCGAGAGAUGCGUGGAAUCAAUGGUUAAUCAUUGGACCAUCAUGAGGGUCUCCGAGGAAGGCGUCCUCGCUCUCCCGAUUCGUUCCCGUGAUCGCAUGGCCCCCAUCCAUUUUGACGAUCUUCAAUGUGUUCUUCAUCACUUGUUGUUUCGUGAAGACGGCACCCUUAUCCCAAGAAUGGACUCCGAACACCGGAAGAAACACUACAUUCUGACCGGCCCUGGAACCGUUGAUGGCGAGACGAUGGUUCAAAUGUUGAACAAAGUUCUCGAUCGUGACGAUGGAGGAAUAUGUUUUAAGGAGAUCACACGCGAAGAGUGCGAGAAGUAUUUGAGACAGGCCUGUGAACCAGAGAACGACGCUACCACCGAUUUUAUUGGCAGACUUUUACAAAGAUUCAAACAACUUUGGUUUGGAACUCCUGAUGAUAAAGGCGACGAAGUUAGGAAUGAUCGAGAGGAGGAGGAGCAGGACGAUACGCAAGGUCCUAUUCCUCCGCAUUGCCUAAAUGAUAUUGAGAUAUUGUUCAUGUGA